AUGAACGUUCGCCGGCCACGCCAGGACGAGCCCGCGUGUCGCGUCGCUCACCGCCGCGUCGGCCUCGCGCCGCUCGAGCCGGCACUGCUUGCAGCUGCUGUGCAGCACCAGCCGCUCACUCCUGCUCAGAGUGUUUAUGAAAAGCUGAGUAUCUGGAGGCUGAUCACCUCAUUGUUUGUUUUCUUGUCAACCCCCGAGCUGAUCUUUGGAGCGGCCCUGCUAUACUACUUUAGGGUGUUCGAACGACAAAUAGGUUCUAACAAGUAUGCUGUCUUCAUCAUCUUCUCGACUAUGGUGUCUGUACUGCUUCAGAUCCUUGCUUUGGGUUACAUGAAAGAUCCUUCUCUAAAUCCAUUGACGUCAGGACCAUAUGGCCUCAUCUUUGCAUCUUAUGUGCCAUUCUUCUUUGACAUUCCUGUGUCAAUGAAGUUCCGCAUAUUUGGACUGAGCUUAAGUGAUAAGUCAUUUCUAUAUUUGGCAGGACUCCAGCUUCUUUUCUCAUCUGGAAGACGUUCUGUUGUACCUGGACUUUCUGGCAUACUGGCUGGGCUUCUGUAUCGCCUGAAUACAUUUGGCAUCCGUAGGUUGAAGGAUGCACGCACAGCUACCCAAGAUCCCACGGAAUCUUCUAUUGCUGCACUGGUGUCUAUGGGCUUUGAUCGCAGUGCAGCAAUUCAGGCACUUGCAUUGACCAACUACGAUGUCAAUUUGGCCUCGAACAUUCUGCUUGAAGCAGAAGCUCUGCAGCCAUGA